AGUCAAACCUUCCAUCUUUAUUAAGCCUAGUACUCUCGAGUUCCGCUACGACGGUAAAGAUGAUAACUAUGUUCUCUACGAUACCUUCAAUGAUGACGUUGAGAUCUAUCCCGAUCUUCCGUUAUCUAUUGGUUAUGGCUCUACUAUGUGUUUUGGUGCUAUCACUGACUCCUCUCUAGCCCCAGACCAUGAUCUACUUCCACCGUGGGAAGUUAUAUCUAGGGAAUGGAUCAGUGACAAGAUUGCUCCACUAGGUCGUAUAUCUACUGAAGUACCAUGGCGAAGUCAAGGCCGUCCCGGUUUCAACUUCCACUACGCGGCUAAACGUGGUCUAGCCUCUAUAGCUCGUCUAGAUUCUAAACAGCAAUCUAUGUUUGAGGAUGCCCUUUCACAACUUGUCGAUAGGGGUUUCUGUUCGAUUGUCUGUGAUCUACGGUCAACUGGUUUGAAGAAGCCAACUAGAGCUAUGUGUCAAGCAGCUUGGUCUACGUUGGUCAAGGGUACUGCCAAUGAGGGUUCUCCUGUUCCUCUGGCGGAACAUUACACUCCUUCACAUCUAGUGUAUCGCCAUCUACAUCCUACUACACCGUGUAGGGUGGUGUUCGACUUUAGAGACCUAAACCGCUUCUCUAAUCGCGGUGGCUAUCCUCAGAACUCUCUAGCCGGUUGCCUCCUUGCUAUUCGAUCCUAUGAGUAUUUCAUAGCUGGAGAUCUAUCUAAGGCAUUCUGUAGAAUGUCCUCUAGCAUCAAGGAUGUUCCAUAUGUUGGCUACACUUGUAUCGGACCAUACAUUGUUCUAUGGUCCCGUGUAGCCUUUGGCUCUACAGCAGCGCCUAAUCAACUUGACGCUUCUAUGGAAGAUGUGAUCAAUGAGAUCAAGGCAUUGUCCAAGCUGGCUUCUACAGUUGAAGCUCCGGUUACUCGUCUAUGUGGUAUUGAGCCUCAUUUGGUUGAGCGUUGUCUACUGAGAUCUAGCGCUGAGGCCUUCUCCUAUCUACAGGGUUGUCCACCGGUCCCCAAGGAGAUCACACUGAUCAAGUUUGUCGAUGAUGUCUAUACCG